AGAAGAAGACAUUCUUCUGGCAGGAACCUCUGGUUACAAAUGUCGAAAAGCUAAUAUUGCACUUUAGUUGUUUUCAAUAAUAAAAGGUGUUCUCUGUUAAGUCUAGUUUAGCCUGCAUGUCAAACUACAGCUAAACGUUCAGAAUGUCGGGAUAUUGGAGGAAGCAUUAAGUUAGCAUGCUAACCAUUGAAAGAAGAGCUGACAGGGAAAUGUAUCUUCUCUACACGGUACUUGCCUCUUUAAGUUUCUUUUUCAUUUUAAAAUGGAUGAAAAGAAGGCGAUAUUUCACGGAGCUGAAAAGACUUGAUGGUAAAACGGUUCUCAUAACAGGAGGUAACUCUGGCAUUGGGAAGGAAACAGCCGUUGCCCUGGCAACCAGAGGAGCGCGCGUCAUCAUCGCUUGCAGAGACCCUGAAAAAGCUGAAAAGGCCAUAAGAGAGAUCAAACUGAGGAGCCGCUCUUUCAAUGUCUGUCACAUGGAGCUGGAUCUGGCCAAUCUUUGCUCUGUCAGGGAAUUUUGCAAGAAGUUUCUGCAGAAGGAGAAGAAUCUUCACAUAUUGAUAAAUAAUGCAGGCAUGCCUGGCAUCCUUGACUGGACCGACGACGGUUUCAGCACGUGUUUCGGCGUAAACCACUUGGGCCACUUCCUCUUAACCAACCUGCUUCUGCUUCGGCUGAAGGAAUGUGCCCCCAGCCGGGUCAUAACGCUCACUUGCUCCAGCUACAAAUACCAGAAGCUGGACUUUCAGGACCUCAACUACAACCUGCUGCCCUUUUUCACUUACUGCCGCAGCAAGCUGGCUAACAUCUACUUCAGUCAGGAGCUAGCUCGCAUCGUCGAGGGAAAAGGAGUCACUUCCUAUGCUGUGAACCCUGGUUUUGUCCAGAGCGGCUGGACGUGCCACUACUCCUUCCUGUUCCGGAUGUUGAUGCAGGUAAUCAUGUGGAUGUUUUCCGUGCCGUGUGAGAUCGGAGCACAGACCGUCAUCUACUGCGCCGUGUCGGAUGAAGCUGCCAAGCACAGUGGGGGUUACUUCGUCGACUGCCAGCCCGCCACCCUGCGUCCUUUCGCAAGAGAUGCCGGUGUGGCAAAAAAACUGUGGGAGGCCAGUGAGAGACUGGUGAAACUGGCAUAAUGGGAGAGCGACUAGUCAUUUACAUUGAAUUAUUUAUUAUUACUAUUACUGUGCUGUAUUAUUUGCUUUCAUCUGAGUCAGUUAUAUAUAUAUAUAUAUAUAUAUAUAUAUAUAUAAAAUGCCUUGAAAAAGUAUUUAUACCCGUUUCAUAUUUGUCUUUUUGCAAACAUAAAUGUUGUUUUUGAUUUAGAUUUUUAGUAGCAGAGACAGAAAGGCUUGCAUGAUAGUAAAGUUGAAUGACAGUGAUGUCCCUGACCUGUCUGUUGUGUUCCUCAGUCUUUAUGAUGUAUGAGGUGUUGGUCUGAAAGAAACAGACAUUAUUAGACAAUAUUAUAAAAAAAAAUACCAACUGUGUAUCUGUUUCUUUCCACUGAACAGUUUUGCCCUAAUCAAUUAACUUCUCACAUAGAAUUGUGUUAGUAUGUGUAAAGAUUUUUGUUUUAGCAGAAAGAAAAGAACAUUUAAGUUAAAUCGUUUUGCAAGGCACUGUGUGCUGUAAUUCACCACUAAAAUGUAAACAUGUUAUGACUGUAAGUAGAAUGAGUGAGUCUAAAGCCUAAAUGUCUGCUUGCUUUAAAUUGGAAUCUGUAGAGAUUUAUUUAUUAAGAAUCCAGUGAAUGUUUGUGAUUUGAAAGUGGUCGUCAUAUAGGCAAGAAAUAGUCCCUUUAAGUUGUAACAUAGACUGAAAGUAGAGAAGCUGAUUUUCUUUUUUUUAAUAUACUCAACCCAUAAGGUUAAUUUUGGACAGCUGAGGACAUGGAUCAGUCUGAAAGGACCAGUGGACAGAGGACCAUCCUGCUAUCAGGAUAAAAAACGAUGUGCUUGAUACCUGGAACAAAUAAAUAAAGAGAUGCAGCUUUUUUCAUUCAAAUAUCAAUAAGUUUCUUGUUUAUUAAGUAUUUGUAAUUAUUUGUAGUUACACAUAACUGGAAAAUUAGAUGAUGUCAGGGCUGAGAGGGAGUUUUAAUAAUGGCACACUUCAGGAUUUAUUUAAAGCAACACUUCCUACAUCACAAUAAAUCCAAACAUCUCAGAUAAUUCAUCAAGAGAGCUGUCUAUAACCCAGCAGCCUGAAGGUACCCUGUUCAUCUAAUCAUCAACAUGAUGAAGUUGAUCCACCACACCCUUCAGGAAGUCUGUGUACAGGAGAUGAACAUGCUUUGCUAUCAGCUGUUUAUUAACCCAGGAACAACAGAGAAAGACUGAU